AUGCCGACCGUGGCGGUGAAGCUCUACAGCGUCUUCUUCAAGUUCCUAUUGAAGCAGCGUUUGCAGAAUCGGAUCCAAGACUCGCUUCAAGAAUCCGACCCGUUCGGAGUCACGUCCAGGCCCGGCGAAUCCGUCGCAGCCGCAAACCCAUCCUUCUCCGACGGCGUCGCCACCAAAGACAUUCACAUUGACACCUUCACGUCCCUCUCCGUACGAAUAUUCCUACCCGAGUCAGCACUCGCCGAACCCGAACUUGCACGCGGUUCAAAGCCUCACCAUCUCAAAUCUAUAACUGACUCUACAAACAAAUUAGCUCAGGCAGGACCUGGAUUAAUCCGCGCCGAAAAGGCGUCGCUCGCGUCGCGGCGAGCGGGGGCGACGCCGAGGGAGGAGCCUCGACGGAACAGCCUCGGCCCUACCGGAGAGGGAUUGAGCUCCGCAUCCGGUGGCGGAGGGUAUCUUGGAUACUCGCCGGCGCCGGGAGGCCGACGGAGAAAGCUGCCGGUGAUUGUGCAGUUUCAUGGAGGAGGUUGGGUGAGCGGGAGUAGUGACUCGGUGGCGAAUGAUUUGUUCUGCCGGCGGAUCGCAAAGCUGUGCGAUGCGAUUGUGGUGGCGGUGAGUUACCGGCUGGCGCCGGAGAACCAGUAUCCGGCUGCAUUCGAGGACGGGUUCAAGGUUCUGAAUUGGCUGGCGAAGCAGGCGAAUUUGGCGGAGUGUAGCAGGUCCAUGGAGGUUAGGAAGUUGGACGCUCACAAGGCUAUUGUUGAUUCGUUUGGAGCUGCGGUUGUGGAGCCAUGGCUCGCUGCUCAUGCAAAUCCAUCGAGGUGUAUUCUUCUAGGUGUGAGUUGUGGUGCAAAUAUUGCCGACUAUGUGGCUCGAAAAGCUGUAGAAGCCGGCAAACUUCUGGACCCUGUCAAGGUGGUAGCACAGGUCCUGAUGUAUCCAUUUUUCAUUGGAAGUGUGCCCACUCAUUCUGAAAUAAAGUUGGCAAAGUCUUACUUUUAUGACAAGGCUAUGUGUAUGUUAGCAUGGAAACUUUUCCUAAACGAGGAAAAAUUUAACCUCGACCAUCCAGAAGCCAAUCCCCUUGCCCCAGGCCGGGGUCCUCCCUUGAAGUUGAUGCCUCCAACAUUGACAGUGGUAGCGGAACUUGACUGGAUGAGGGACCGAGCCAUCGCUUACUCGGAGCAGCUCAGGAAAGUGAAUGUUGAUGCGCCUGUUCUGGAGUAUAAAGAUGCAGUCCAUGAAUUUGCAACGCUUGAUGUACUUAUCAAAACCCCAGAGGCCCAGGCUUGUGCUGAGGACAUCGCCAUCUGGGUCAAGAAAUAUACCUCACUUAGGGGUCACGAAUUCUCGUAUUGAGUAUGAUAUCCCAUAUUAAGAUGCUGAUCAGUGAGAAAAUAUUGACCUUGUUUUCGAAAUUAGCUUUAGAUAUCCCUUGCGCUACCAAAUUAAUUGGGGGUUUGGUGGCAUAUUAGUUAAUUUGUUUUAAUGCUUAUGUCCUGCCGUCCUAGGUGUUGACAGGUUCUAUGUUCAAUCCACCUGUUGGUGCUUUUUUAUAAGAUAGAGUUGUCUGAGAGUGGGAUUAGUUGAAUCAGUGAGAUGCAUUUAUCUCAUGCACACAACAGUUGGAAGCCACCCAGUUCAUUUUUCCCCUGUAUUAUGAUGUACUAUCUUAUGGAAGGGUAUAAAGGGUAUAAAAUUUAGUGCAAUGCUCCUUUAGCAUAAGUAUGACAAUGUAGUCUCCAAUCCAUUUUCUUAUUCUAUCUAAUCUCCUUGUAGUAAUGGUGGGUCAUAGUUAAAUUUUGUA